AUGGAUUCUACCUCUACUGCCCGCGGAACAAUGAAGCUCUUCUCACCUCUUCGUCUCGGAGCAAUGAACCUCGAACAUCGAGUCAUUAUGUCGCCGUUGACGCGACUGCGUUGUCCUGGCAGUGUGCCAACCCCGGUAGUUACGGAGUAUUACACCCAAAGAGCGACGAGGGGAGGGCUGCUUAUUACUGAGGGCAUGCAUCCGAGUUUGAUGGCUGGAGGUUUCCACGGCGUACCAGGCAUGUUUGCGCCUGAGCAUGUGAGGGCUUGGAAAAAGGUGACGGAUGCCGUGCAUGCUAAGGGUGCAUUCAUGGCGUGUCAAUUGUGGCAUUGGCAAUUUCAAGCUUCAGGCUCUUAUCUGAGCGACCAUCAGGUCGGGCGCUUUGCAGUCUCGGUCUCACUCGGUGGUCGCCAGCCAUUGAGCUCUUCCGCAACGAACAUUGGUUAUUUCAACAGGAAUACGCCUGGAGGCAUCAAAGUACCUCAUGAGACAGCCAAACCGAUGACGUUGCAGGAUAUCAAGGACACAAUUGAUGACUAUGUGCAUGCUGCGAAAUGUGCGAUCGAGGCCGGGUUUGAUUGUGUCGAAAUCGUAGGUCGCAGCAUUCCCACGGGUAAUAGAUUGGAAGCUGAUGAGACGAAGGCGUCAGGGAAUGGUUAUCUUCUUGACCAAUUCCUGAAUAGUAACGUCAACUUCCGCACCGAUGCCUACGGAGGCAACAAAGAGAACAGAGCUCGAUUCACGCUCGAAGUACUAGAUGCGGUGAUCGCCGCGGUCGGGGCGCCCAGGGUAUCAAUUCGAAUGAGCCCUUGGGGGACAGUUUGGGUGCCAUUAGAUUCGGACCCGAUAGCGAACUACCGAUAUGUGCUAAGCGAAGUCGACAAACGAGGAAUCGCGUACGUAUGUCUCACUCAGCCGCGAGCCGAUCUGCUGCUUGAAGAGAAGACCAAGUGGGAAAAUAUGUACACAGCUAUCAAAGAGGGUAAAGUGGCUGCUACAAUCAAGGAUCUCCACCUGAGACACUUCCAGGAGGUAUUGAAGACCACAUCGAUAUUGGCGAACGGAAACUACGACAGCGAAAACUGCUUUGAGGAGGUGGAAAACGGAGAGGUGGACGCAAUUACGUUUGGGAGGUGGUUUAUCAGUAAUCCGGAUCUGGUGGAAAAGUUGAGAUUGGGGAAGAAAUUGACUAAGUGGAAUAUGAAGACGGUUUAUGGGAGUGUGGUUGUGGUUGAGAGUGAGGGAUAUACGGAUUAUCCAUUUGGGGAAGCUGAGGAUGAAGAGGCAGCGACAUAA